ACCUAGAAACAGUGCUUCAAAGGUUUCAAGGACAGAGCGUUACCAGACCAUGAAAUUGCACAUAUCUUUGCGCUCCUGAUGUAAUGUGAUGCCGACAUCAACACAGACAAGCCGCUGUCACAAAAAUUCCGGUUUCUGGUCGGCAUCACACUGCCCAAUAGGUGAACAUGUACUAGUAACUUUUCGUCUGUGAUACCUCGGUACGUGCUUUCGAUGGCGCAGCUCUAGUCGCUCAGUGACUAGAGCUGCGCCGUCUAAAGGCUGUCCGCAGCCGCAAUGCCUAUAGUGGCGGUUGAGCGCAUGUCUACGGCGAUACUGCCUCCAGGAUAUUUAUACUCCUACUUUACUGCAACAUUGCCAGACCAGUUAAGCUCAAAACCACAAUCAUUACCCUAUGUCUAACAAUACGAUUAUUUAUGGGCCUGAUGUGGUUUCACCCACAGGAGAAAUUCUCCAAUCACCAUUCUAUCAUUAUCUCGUCAGCAAGCCCGCUUGUAUCUUCUACCUGGUGGCGUUCGGAAUUUCUACAGCACUACACUUCGGCCAAUCAGUCUGGUAUCGAAUGUGGUGGUUGAUCCCCACAGUUGUUUUAUGUGGUGCCGGCGAGCUGAUAGGCUGGGGUGGUCGUCUAUGGUCGGCCAUUAGCCCUCUAGAAAAUAACCCAUUCUUGAUUCAGAUUGUAUGCACAAUCAUCGCACCUACACCCUUCCUGGCCGCCAUCUUCAUGACUUUUGCUCGCCUCACGAAGCGACUAGGCGUACAAUAUAGUCGACUUUCUCCACGUCUAUACUCGAGGAUAUUUCUGACUUGUGAUAUCAUCUCCCUCAUUGUUCAAGCAGCCGGUGGAGGCUUGGCUGCAUCUGCCAAUGAUGAUGCGGGGAGCAACUUGGGAGCGAAUAUUAUGCUAGGCGGCAUUAUCUUUCAACUUGUCUCCCUUAUCUUUUCCGAAUGGGAUACAAGGAUCAAGGUUUUAGUAGGAGGAUUGACAUUCAUUUGCGUCUGCAUCUUCAUCCGAUCUGUCUAUCGGCUUAUCGAACUUGCUGACGGCUGGAGCGGCAAGGUCAUUUCCACCCAAGUCUACUUCAAUGCGUUGGAUGGUGCCAUGAUUUGGAUCGCAAUGCUCACAUACAAUGUGUGUCACCCAGGGCUUCUCCUGGGAACUCCGAGUCGCCCGUUUCAUCAGGAGAAUAUUGCAAUGGAAUCUGGUUUCCUUCCAAGCUCUGAAACUCUCCUAGAACGUAGAAGUUAAUAUCUUUGACUAUUGUAUUCUCUUUGUGUGGACUAUCGGCCGGACAUUCAUGGACUUAGUAUAUAGUAGAUUUCUUGUAAUAGGGGUGGGGGCUAAGGGCCUUGUGCACAAUGGGAGGUUAGUUACCAGAUAUUUCCUCCUGUACAUCAUAGUGCACAGUUGAGACUUUUGCAUGACAUUAAUGAGACCUGCACGUCUGUUCGUUCUCUCAGAUUAACCGC